AUGGUAGUAGACACGACGAAAAGGUUGGGGGGAGCUUUUGUUGUAUAUUGCCCCAAUGGUAAAAUUAUAACUAGAAAACUAAAACUCCAUAGUUCUUGCUCGGUGUUUCAAGCUGAGUUGAAAGCCAUAGAACAAGCUUGUGUGUGGCUUGCAGAUAAACACAUUCCGAAUGCAGCUAUUCUGACUGACAGCAAAUCUGGACUACAAGAAAUCGGUAACCCCAAUAGUACAAAUCAAAUAGUUACCAACAUCCACAGAAUGCUAGACAACCACAGCUUAUCAGUUAAUUUCAUUUGGGUCAAAGCCCACACAGGUAUAGCUGGUAACGAAGCUGCUGACCUGGCAGCCAAAGCUGCAGCCACAAGCCAUAACGUCCCUAUUCUCAUAAAAUUUCCAAUUAGCUUCGUAAGAAAACUUGCUCAACAAGAUAGUAAAGUAGCUUCCGAACAAUUUUACCAAGAUAACAUGAAAGGUGGUCUGGAGACUGCUGACGAGGUGCUCGCCAGAGUGAAAAAAGCGGUCGACGCCAGGGGUACUGGCCUUAAAAUCAACAAGGUUCGCAAAGCCAAAAAUCAAAAAAUUAUUUUGGGGUGUGACACCGAAGACGAGAGGAAAAAAGUUCAGCAAAGAAUAGAGAGUCGCGGGGAUGGACUCAUAGUAGAGCCCAUAAAAAACAAAGAUCCUCUCGUCAUCCUGAAAGAUGUCAUUAUAGAUAGUGAGGAUGAAGAUACAAUUAAGGCGCUUCACGCCCAAAACAAAGAUGUUUUCUUUGGCCUAAAUGAAAAGGAUAUGGAGAUGACUGUAAAAUACAAAAAACGGACAAGAAAUCCGAGGACAGUCCACAUCGUUCUACAGGUUAAGCCUAACGUGUGGCAGAGGAUGACGGAGGCUGGAGCCCUCUAUCUGGACCUUCAAAGGGUCAGAGUGGAGGACCAGUCCCCGCUCAUCCAAUGCACGAGAUGCUUAGCGUUUGGACAUGGUCGGAAAUUUUGCACCGAGAGUGUGGACAGAUGUAGCCACUGUGGAGGACCGCAUCUCCGCGAGAAAUGCGCAGACUUUUCCGCAGGGAAUGAACCACAGUGCUGCAACUGCUCACACUCUGGGUUGCGGAGGACCGACCACAACGCAUUUAGUGCUGACUGCCCGGUACGAAAAAAAUGGGACUAUUUGGCCCGUGCAAACACGGCCUAUGCAUGA